AUGUAUCCAAGGGGCGCCAAGGGGCGCGUUGCGAGUGGAAGGGGCUUCGGAAGCCCAGCUUCCUUUGGCUUCGGCGGAUUCUCCACGCAGUCCACCGGUAGCGGCAGCCUCUCCUACCUCUCCGAAGACCCCGACUUGUCCUCUUUAUCCGACCCAAACACCGUCGUCUCGUUCAAGAAUCUGCUCAAGAAGGACAACACUACAAAGUCCAAGGCACUCACAGAUCUCAUUCAGUAUACCCAGGCGCAUCCCAAUGAGACGGAUGGAGGCGUGGAAGAAGCAGUGCUGGAGGCUUGGGUCCGUCUCUACCCUCGCAUGUCUACCGAUAAUGACCGCCGGGUCCGCGAGCUGUCGCAUACACUACAAUUCGAGCUGUUGAAAUCUGCCCGGAAACGAAUGGAAAAGAAUCUACCAAAGGUUGCUGGGUCUUGGCUGGCUGGCACUUACGACAAAGACAAGGCUGUCGCGCGGUCCGCGACGGAGGGUAUCUCGACGUUCUUAAACACGGAAGAGAAAAUGAAUAUGUUCUGGAAGAAAUGCCAAGCCCAAAUUCUUCAGUAUGCGACCGAUGCCAUCACGGAGACUCCCGAUACUUUAAGCGACGAACGCUCCACGAAACCCGAAGAUGCAGAGGCCAAAUACUACCGUGUAAUCGCUGCGAGCUUUUCCCUAGUUUUAGGGCUCUUGGGAAGGCUUUCAGGCUCAGACACAGAGAAGCACAAUUCCGAGUACGAGGUUUUCUUCACUUCCGGCCCCGGAGACAGCGCCUGGACCUUUGCAGCGGCCGAAGAUGCUCACGUCAGGAGGACGGUCUACCAGUUACUACAACUCUGCGUCGAAAGUCGUUGGGAACUAAUUGAGCCACAUAUGUCACGUAUUGGCAAGAUACUGACGUCCGACGCCCUCAAGAAGUCUCAAUCAGGCUCCGCAACCGACUUUGUCGCGGUUCUGACGCUUAUGACACGCAAAGAUCAAGGGCUUUGGGGUACGAAAAAGUCACCGCUUUCCAGAUUACGGAGCUUUGUCGAAAAAGGAUCUCAAGGCAGCGCACCAAGAUUCUGGCAAGCUUUCGAUGAGCUCUUGUCAGUGCUUCCAACAGACUCUUUCCAAUCGGAGGAUCUUGCAAACUUUUUGAAGUCCUUCAGAAUUGGCAUCAGUAGAAGGGACGAGGCGAGAACCAACGCUCCACAUGCCUGGACGGCAUAUCUGAAUGUCGUCUCUCGCUCUCUGCCUCGGCUCGACCCGGAAGUCCGACGCGACAUAAUCAAGGAGCAUGUUUUCCCGUUGACUGACCACUACUUAGCCUCGACCGAGCGACAAGAGGGGUGGUCAGUGGGCGGCGAGGUUUCUGUUAUAUCUCGAGCCUACCGGGUUGUAGCGCUGUCUCGGGAUCCUUUGACUACGCAAUGCCUCGAUAAUGAAUGGAACAGACUGGCUGAAGUCCUACUAGCUCGACUUUCGAACUCUCUCCCUGAAGUCUCGAAAGAAUUCGAAGCAUCCCAGAAGAAUAUCGCAGCCGAGGGUACUCGAUGGUUCCUGGUCGUGAGUACCAUUCAGAAAGACAUAAAGGCAGUAGCAAAACAGAGUACGAACGAUGAGAUCCCUGAUCGUACCCAAGAUGCCUCUCGGACAGUCAUAAGAAGUGCGGCCGAUCUUCUAAGACGAAGGAACUACAAGCCCUUCGGCGCAGCUAUGAUAUUGCAAUCAGCCAUCAAGCUGACACCAUACCUCUUCAACAGUAGCGAUGCACUUUUCUUCAAGUCAAUGAUUCCAACUGAGUCUGACGAGGAUAUGCAGACGAUGCUGUCGUCGCCAUCGGCCUCAUUCAUUCUCUCCUGUCUCAUUCCUCUGGGUCAGCAAGACUCGGACCAGUACAGAGCAUUGUGGGCCGCCACUAUUGGAUCCGUCCUGAAGAUGAAUGAUCAAGCAAAGGCCGAUGACUACGUCACACUGCUAAUUUCAGACGCUUUGGCGCGACCUCUCGCGCAGGAAGACGUUGGGUUACAGGACUACAUCAAGGCUCGGGUUUGGGCAAGCGUGCGCAACGAAAGUCACUCAUGGACACUGUUCAAGUCAUCCUUACAGUAUGACGCUUUAUCGAAGUCGAGCCUGGAAGAGAUGUGCUCUAGACUUGUCGAGGCGCUCAGCUCCGAAAAUGAACCUAGUAUCACGGCCAUGGAGAUCGUUUUGAAGAACAGACCGACAUCCUUAUCGGAAAACGAGGCUCUUCAUCUUACCCUCGUCACAAAGCUACUCUCCAUGAUGGAGAUUACAGACUCACCUGUUUCAUCACGAGCUACCCAGCUUCGGUCAAUCCUAGAGGGACAUGUGGACGCCCAGCCAUCUAUCUUGAGCAUCAUCCAGGAGAAUUUGGAACGACCCGGAUCAGACUCCUUAGUCAUUGACACGCUUGUUCAGCAGGCUAGGUCUAUAUCGAAAACUGAUGAGUUGGACCUGGAGCAACUAUUCCCGAACACGAACAUCUGGAUGCAGGAGUUACUGAAAUUAUUGCAGACCGAGCUCAGUCCUUCGCUGGCACUAACAAGCAAUGUUCUCGGGGCAUACUUCCUGCCUCAAGCCACUGGAAACAAAUCCAGGCCACGAGUCCAGCGCGACCAAAAAGGGCUGUCCAUACCGACCAGGAUGGCCAUGUAUACAGUGGCACUUGUCGAAAGUGGCGCGGAACUCGGGACGCUCGCCCAGAAAUUCCAGGCGGAGCUGUUGUAUCUUCUCUACCUGGUCGCGGAAGUGGCAUCUGAUCAAAUCACUCUCAUGGACGAGAAUUUACUGUUUGGCUCCCUCAGUGAUCCGACCCUCCUGAAAGAUGUUGAAGACUUCGUUACCACCACGAGGAAAAUGAUCAAUAACAUCUUCGUCGAGUCAACACACUGGCGGCCUGGGGGAAGUGAGAAAGGUCUGCGGGACGAGCUGGUGGACAUAAUGAUCCAACAGUCCAAAGAAUUAACGCCAAUCGCUUUGUACAGUGCACGGGCACUGAGCGAGAUCUUCGCAGCAUUCUCGGAUGCUCACGGCCAGAUGGCUGUAGUGGAGGAAUGGUUGACCGCACUUGAAGUGAUGAAGGCGACUCCAUCGACAGCUUUCCCUGCCAUUGCACUCCUGACGGGCUACGGGGAAGCAUUGGCAAACUCCAAGGUCGUCUCAAAUCUUCUCAAUCGAUUAGUGAGCGACAUUGCCGGCGCCUCGCCGCAAUCCGAGAAGACUAUCCUCAAUCUGGUUUUGUUGAACGCGUGUAUGCCCAUAUUCGAAAUUGGACAGCUUCCAGUUGCGAACAACCGGCUUGUCUUCGCGGUAAAGCAGAUCACUUCUUGGACCGAGCAGCCAAUCGAGGGCCUUGGCGUGGCCGUUGUCACAGAGAGCUGCAGAGCAUUGCAGCGACUGCUGCCAUGUAUCCGCGAGGUGUACGGGCCUUACUGGGAGCAGACGAUUGAGUUUUGCCUUGGGUUGUGGAAACAUGCUGGCAGGGACAGCCCCGAGAAGCACUUGCCGUACAUUCAUGCCUCCGUCAAGCUCAUGUCUGGGUUUUCAGCAAUCGAAGAACCGAACGAUGACCUUGUCGAAGCUCUCGAAACCCACGCGGAGUCCCGGAAUCACUCUCUACUGGAACUAUUGAAGCUUCCUAGGGUUGAGAAUAUCUCGCAACCGCAAGCAAUAGUUGACGCACUUCUCUGUCGCGAAGCCGAGAAGAUCCCGUUGGAUCAUCUCAAAGAUUUGUCUGAGGUCUAUGGCUUGGUGGCAUCUGAAUCGCGGGACAUCCAGUCAGCUGGCUUCAACCUACUCCAUCGAGCGCUUCCAGCUAUCCAGGAAGAGCUCUCGCUGGACGUCCUCAUCGAGAAGAAGCAGGCCAAGCUCCCUGAUGAACUCAUGUCCCUACUUCUCGAUGCACCAACGCUAGAGACCUACCCCGAAGAGAUCUUGGUUCAGUUCCCUACGACCAUUCGAUCUUAUCUGCUCUCCUGGAAACUCAUCUUUGACGCUUAUCAGGGCGCCGCGCACAAGUUGCGGGAAGACUACACGGAGCAGCUCAAGAGUUCUGAAGCUAUUAAUCCGCUAAUGGAAUUCACUGUCGAUGUAUUGGGCCACUCGGCUGCUCACGCGAUCAAUCUCGACAAGGUGGGCUUCACGGCUGAGGAUAUUCAAGACUACGACGUAAAGGUGGGAGACUCAUUGCCAGAAGAGAAGAACAUGCAAUGGCUUCUUGUCCACCUGUUCUACUUAUCGCUCAAGUACGUUCCGGGGCUUUUCAAGACAUGGUUCAUCGACUGCCGAUCCCGACAGACCAAAAACGCCGUUGAGCCCUGGACGGCCAAAUGGUUCUCGCCAAUCCUCAUUCGCGACGUCAUGGAAGAGGUUGAGACGUGGGCCAAAACGCAGGUAGCCGACCCAGACGAGCGUGAGUUCGUCAUCAAGGUGAAUCACAAGGCGAGGGAGAUCAUUGCGGCGUACCCGAUCGAUGAUGGCGACGAAGAGCAAUCGGCGUCGCUUCUCCUGCAAAUCAAUGCCAACUUCCCGAUCGGCAACGUGACGGUCGUUGGACUGAACCGUGUGGCGUGCAACGAGCGCACGUGGCAGUCGUGGGUGAGGACCACGCAGGGCAUCAUCAUCAUCUCGCACGGAAGCAUCGUCGAGGGCCUCGGCGCGUUCCGGCGCAACGUGGUCGGCGCUCUCAAGGGCAACGUCGAGUGCGCCAUCUGCUACAGCUACAUCUCGGUUGACAAGCGCAUGCCCGACAAGCGCUGCACAACCUGCAAGAACCUCUUCCACCGCGACUGCCUGUACAAGUGGCUCGAGUCGGCCAACCAGAACACGUGCCCACUCUGCCGGACGAGGAUGGAUUUUGUGGACAAGAAGAAGCCUCGGAAGAAUAUAUGA